GCACCCGGGCGAGGCUACGGCGGAGGCCGGCAGCAAUGGUAAUCAUGCCUACGACGAUGACGAUGACGACGAUGACGCAAACAAUGUAGACAUGGCCGGCAUGACGCCGAGCAGCGAUGCCAACGAGGGGCUGCACGUGCCGCAGAUGGACAAGGAGAUGGAGGAGUUCUUCUCGGACCGCGUCGACAUCGAGACCCGCGACGCCGUCCGCUACUACUUUGACUACUUCUACCCUCUGUGCCCCAUGUUCCAUCCGUCGAUGUUUAUCCGGCGAGUCGUACGCGGCGAGGUCGACCCCAUUCUGAUCGACGCGAUGAAGGCGGCCUCUGCUCGGAUUAUCACCAAGAAGACCGGGCGUUUUGUCGACGGGGAGGCGCUGGCGCGCAGCGUCAAGCAGCGCAUCUUGGUGCAGCUCGAGCAGCCGACUGCUGACCUGGUGCGCGUCUUGGUUAUCAUGACGCUGCUGUCUGGGUCUCAGGGUGAGUACAUGUCGUACAACUCGCUGAUCUGCCUGGCUGCCAGCCUGGUCGUGCGACUCGGCUGGCACAAGCUAGACCUGUACAAGCGGCAGCCGCCAACUUCGUGGGAUGAUUGGGUGAAUUUGGAGAUCAAGCGCCGAGUGUUCUGGCUUGUGUACCAGACUGACAGCUAUCAGGCGUUGCUCACUGGACGGCCUAUGAGCAUUGCCGAGGACAGCGUCUACGUGUCGGCGCCUUGCUCUGAUUACGAAUGGGACGUCAUCAUGUAUCCGGGCACGCACAUGGCGCCGACAAAAGGCACACCAGACGGCCGCCAUCAGCAGAUCCACCACCAACCGCAGCCGCAGCCGCAGUACGGACCCGCAUUCAAGGACAAGCUGCCCCAGAUUGGCAAGCAGAGACAGCGGUCGUCGCGCUCGUCAUCGGGCUCGACGCACUCCUUGGUGCAGUCUCUGCGCGUCGACCAGAACGUCAUUGUGGCUACGGGUGCGUUCUCGUUCUCGUUCAUGGCGUUGUGUGAGCUGACAGCCAUUAUCGCGCGCAUCAACAUGUUCCUUUGCGAUGCCAAGACUAGCCGACCGUCUCUGUUACUGCCCAAGCCACUGUCAGCGCACAACAAUGUGGCUUUUGCUUCCAGGGCCAUGCAUGGCCUUGCAACAGGCGCACGCGAGGGUCCGUUUCCGGCCGUGGACUUUAUGGACCCGGCAUCCGGAUCGGGCGACCUUGUUUGCCCAGUUGUCCGCACGGUCAACCUGCUCAGCGAGUACCCGACGUACGUGGAGCUGGACGAGCGGAUGGAGGAGUGGAAGCGCAACCUGCUGAUGCCUGAGGACCUGCGGGACGACGCCACAGAGGCCGCGGACAUCUCGUACUUUGGCAACGCCGACCACCGGCGGUUUAUGAUGCGCGUGCGGUACUUCUGCCUGCACUGCUACUACGUGCCAAUUGCCAUCUGUUUGCACCAGUCCAACCGGCCGUCGUUUUUCACCGAGUACGAGCAGCCCUUUGAGAUGCGGCUCCGGCGCCAGUACGGGCGGUUUGGCGAUGACGGCGACUACAACAGCCCGACGCCAGAGGCCGAGCCGGCGUUGCCCAUUCCCGAGGACAAGGAGGCGGCUGAGAGCGAGAUAGCCCUGCGCGAGGUGCUCAAUAUGGCGUUUGCCAGCACGUGGAACGAGGGCAUUUUGGCGUACGAUGUGGAGGCCGGGUCUUGGAGCAUUUGCGUGCGCGCAGCCCACGGGUUGUCCGAGCACCUGGAGCGCAACUCGGAUUUCCCGUUGGAGCGCUUCGACCAGAUCAUUCCGUUUUGCAUAUUCAUGUCGGUGUCGAUUUUAAUCAGGAACGUGCGCAUCUGCAAUCGCCAACUGGCUGCCGGCGAGGAUAACGCUAGCGAUAAGUCUGGCGAAAACUUGAGGCAGCAGCUGGCGAAUGCCGGCGGCCCUGAGGCGGUGGGUGCUGAGCGUGUGCUGUGCGUUAAGCAUAUCAGGCACCAGUGGGAGACACUGCAGAGCCUGGGCUCGAUCUGGGAUGUCGCAGGCAUGCAGCAAUUGCUCAGGUCCAUGCAGAUAGACGAAGUGGCCAACACAGCCGAUAUGUUUUCAGGAAUGGCACUGUGAAGUACAUGGUAUAAAAUGUUUGAUACUUGCCAUAUAUAAUUAUA